AUGGCAUCCAAGCUCAUGAGCGCCGCUGAUCAACAACAAUCUAGUGGUCGUGGCACGGACUCUACUUUAUCGGCAGCUGCAAUGAAAGUGAGAACCGCCGUCUACAAAUAUCUUCUGAAAACGAAUAAUAAAUCGGAGCUCAGCAAGCAGGAUCUGUUACAGCUGCUAUCCUGUUUUGAAGGAGAAUUGCAAGCUCGCGACAUUGUGAUAGCAACAUUGAAGAUGGAGAAAGUGAAGCAAGUUGUGAAGUUGCAACAACAGGGCAGGCUUUCUCGUGGGCUUGGAGCAGUGUGCGAUCCCUUCGCUGCACUUCAGCGCGAUUCCCCAUACGCCGUGUUGAAGUCGUGUGACCAUCUCUCUAGCGUUGAAGAGGAAAGCUCAGUGUAUGAUAAUCAGCUUGAAAAGCUUGAGCAGUUGAUCCUCCAGCAGCGGAAAGCGAUGGCGCGCCUCACGGCACACCUGAAGCAAGCGGAAAAAAUUAAUGCGAAAGUUAUUGCGGAGCUUGAAGACGAAAGACGGAAACAUGAGCAUGACACUGCUCAAGGAGAUGAUGUUACCUAUGCUUUGGAAAAAGAGCGUACGAAGUUAGCCGCAGAAUUAGAUGUAGAAUUGCUGUCUAAAAAGAAGUUGGAAAAAGAAUUUAAGAAAGUGAAAGAAACCUUGGAGGAAGAACGUAGUCGGCAGCAGCAAAUUGUGCUUUUACUUGUUGCGGAACGCAAUAAAAUAAUCAUGAAGUGGAUCGAAGAAAGGAGACGAUCCGAAGAUCUUGCCCAGAUUCUUGCUGAAGAAAAGGGUCGGGUUGAUUCCAUGGCCGAGGGGUUGGAAGAAGAAAGUAAAAAAGCUUUACUCAUGGAAGCCGAACUUGAGAGAAUGGCUGCGCAAUGUUCCAUGGAACAACGUCAGUUCCGAGCACAGCUUGAGAUUAAGGAGAAGCGCUGCAAAGAUCUUGAAGUGGAACUGGAAAAGUCUCGCACUGAGGCUGAAAAUUUGCACAAACAGUUAGCUGAAGCCCACCAAGUUGCUAUGUUCCAGGCCGGCGUUCAGAGCAAUCAAGGCCGUCUUCACACUUCCCCACGACCAGUCGCUACUCCACCUGUUCCAUCAAAACCGGCCGUCGUUCCUCCGGGUCCGCAAAUACCUCAACGUUCUCUUUCAAUUGCCGAGUGUGGCGGCUCAAGCUUAGGGUCGCACACUUCCAGUCUUGUAUAG